CGGUUCGGGUCGUCGAAGAGUGUAAACGUCCAGCCCUGAUCUGUUGCCCCGUUUAUGGACUAGCGUCGCGGAAAUAAAACACCACAUAUUCCAUAGGCUGUUGGCUAUAUGCUAUAUGCUAUACAGUAUAUGCUGUAUGCUAUAUGCUGUACGCUAUAUGCUGUAUGCUAUAUGCUAUUUGCUAGACAGCAGUGCAGAGAUACGGCGAUCCAGUAGUGCGAUUAGCAACGACUUGUCGCCGGCAAAAGCGAGAAGAGGCAAACAAGUUUGCCUCGAUUUCGAACACCUAGAUCUCGCGAGAGCAAUCCGAAAGCCGGCCGGGCUUAAUAAAAUUAAUAUAAUUUCGAGUGAGCGUCGCCAUGCAACGGCGUUCUCGAGUGUGAGUGCUUCAAUUAAAUUCAAUAAAUCAUAAAUAAGUGAGUGCCAACGGAUCCUGUUUUAGUGGUGUGGCUCUCCGGCGCAAUUGUGAUUUAUUGCCCUUCGAGGAGCCGGGUUCCAUUCAAGUGAAAUUACCAAAUUAAGAAAUUACCAAAUUACGAAAUUUCGAAAUUGCGACUGCGAAUGCGAAAACUUCAUGUUGAUGACUUCCAAUGAAUGUUGAAUCGACAAUGUUCCGCCUCAUAUUCCUCGCCCUCUUGGCUCUGAUCCCUCACACCGAAGCAUUCAAUUUUAUGCCGCGACCCAGUAGGGUGAUAAACUCCCCGAAGCAUCUGAAGUUCCACAUAAACCAGACGCGCAGCUCGUACUUUGGAUACACGCUCGUCAUCCGCUCGACCAGCAUCAUUGUGGGAGCCCCUAGAGCUCAGUCCACCUUGGAGUCGCAACGAACCAUUAACGAAACGGGGGCGAUCUACAGAUGCUCCCUGACCAGCGGUGUCUGCAAUCCGUAUGUCCUGGAUCCGCUCGGCAAUGUUGAUGCGCCCUACAAUGAGUACACAUUGGAUUCAACACGCAAGGACUUUCAGUGGCUGGGCGGAUCGAUGGACGGCGGCACUAAGGACACGGACAAGCUCCUCGUGUGUGCACCUCGGUUAUACGCGCCCAGCCCCCAGGACAACCAUCUGCAUGGAGUCUGCUACUGGGUGAACAAUACGCUGGCCAGCACUCCGCAGCACGUUACCCGCAUCUCGCCACUCCGCCUGAAAACAGAUCAGGUGAGGACAGACAACAACGACAACACGCAAAGCUUCUUCUACGUGAUGGGUGAACUGGGACUGAGCGCCCAUGUGGCGGACGAUAAUUCCAAGUUCCUAAUUGGAGCCCCAGGCAUCGAUACGUGGAUGGGAUCGGUGAUUCUGUACCGGCAAGUGGAUCCAGUAGGCCUUCCCCCCGCCAGCAGACGUGACACGAGCAAGGCGCUCCGACGAACCAUCCGCGAUGUGGACUCCAUCGAGUAUACGCCGGAACACUAUUCACCGGAGGUACCCAACCCUGCGCUUUGGAACCAGGAGGAAGGCUCUUACUUCGGCUAUGCCGUGAGCUCUGGCUUCUUCGACAGCUCCAAUCCGACCACGCUCCUCUAUGUGGCCACCGCUCCCCAAGCCAACAAACAGUCCGGUGAGGCGUACAUCUUCGAUGUCCGGGGCAAGAGGAUACAUAAGUACCACGUGUUUCGAGGGGAGCAGUUUGGCGAAUACUUCGGGUACUCCGUUCUGGCGGAAGAUCUCAAUGGAGACGGAAAACCUGACGUCAUUGUAUCAGCGCCACAGCACACCCUGGAGAAUUCCCACGACAACGGCGCGAUCUACGUGUUCAUCAACAAAGGCUUUUUCAACUUUGAGCGGCAGAUUUUGCGUUCGCCAGUGGAGACCAAGGCGCGUUUCGGCACUACUCUAUCUCGUCUUGGAGAUAUUAAUCACGAUGGCUAUAAUGAUGUUGCAGUUGGAGCUCCCUUUGCUGGAAAUGGAUCGGUGUUCAUCUACCUGGGCAGCGAAAAUGGAUUGCGGGAUCAGCCGAGUCAGCGGCUGAACGCUCCCUCCCAGCAAGCCUCCAAGUACGGAUCGCACAUGUUCGGCCACGGGCUGUCCCGCGGCUCCGACAUAGAUGGCAACGGAUUCAACGACUUCGCCAUUGGAGCUCCAAAUGCGGAGGCGGUGUACCUGUAUCGCGCCUAUCCAGUCGUAAAGGUGCACGCCACAGUAAAAUCUGAGUCCCGAGAAAUCAAACCCGAGCAGGAGAAGGUGAAGAUCACCGCCUGCUACAUGCUGAGUACAGCUUCCAACGCCAAGGAGGUACAGCAACAGGAACUGGCCAUCCGCAUCGUCGUAGACAAGCAGCUGAAGCGGGUUAAGUUCACCCAGACGCAGACCAAUGAGAUGAGCUUCAAGGUGAAUGCGGGUCUGGGCGAGCAGUGCCGCGUCUUCGAGACUCAGGUGGGCUACAGCGAGAAGGACAUAUUCACUCCCAUCGAUCUGGAGAUGCACUACGAGCUGACCAAGAAGGUUCCCGAUUCGGAGGAAUUCUGCGAAACGUGUGCGGUCGUCGAUCCAAUGGAACCAAAGGUUUCCACACAGAAGAUAAUCUUUAGCACGGGCUGUGCCACCAAUAUUUGCACUGCAGAUCUGCAGUUGAGGAGCAAGAAUGUGAGCCCCACUUACAUUUUGGGCAGUGCCGAUACACUGCGCCUGAACUACGAGAUCACAAACGUCGGCGAGACCGCCUACCUGCCCCAAUUCAACGUGACCUGCACUUCACGCCUGGCUUUCGCCCAGGUGCCUGGAAACUGCAAGGUGGCCGAUGCGGUCAUGGUGUGCGACUUAAACCACGGACGACCCCUGGCCAAAGGUGACACCGACUCCCUGACCAUCAGCUUCGACGUGAGCCAACUCAGCGGACAGUCGCUGAUCAUCCAUGCGGAGGUAUUUAGUACGGGAUACGAGAAGAAUCCCACGGACAAUAAGCAGACCAACGUGAUCGGUCUGAAGGAGUUCACACAAAUCGAUGCCACCGGUGGCCAAAUGAACAGUCAAAUCGAUUUGGAGCACUACAGUAAUUCCGCGGAAAUUGUCAACAACUACGAAAUCAAGAGCAAUGGGCCCAGUAUAAUCGAGCAGUUGACGGUGUCCUUUUACAUACCCCUUGCCUAUAAGGUGGCUGGCUCAACUGCCAUUAUACCGAUCAUCAAUAUGACCAGCCUGAAGAUGCAGGCCUCCUACGACUCCCAGCUGUUGGGCAUCGAUCUGUACGACCAGAACAAUACGCUGAUCGUUGUGGACCCCGUUGAGGUGGUCACCAUGCUGAGUGAAGGCUUGGAGCGGACCGUGGUCACCCAGAACAGACAGAGCUACGACAUCCACAGCAGUGGGCAUGUGCACCAGACCAUGGAGGUACUCGAUACCAAUAUGGUGGCCACAGCUUCCAUGUCCCGAAAGCGACGGGAUCUCAAGGCUUUGACCGCCAACCGGGAGCAAUAUGCUCGCAUCUCGAAUGUCAAGGCACACGAUCUGCUGAGCGAAGACUUUAAGGGUAAGCUGCCCGUGAAUCGCACCAUUGUGUUUAACUGUCGGGAUCCCGAAAUGACCAUCUGUGUCCGAGCCGAGAUGCGAGUGCACUUCAGGCCAGAAAAAUCCAUUUACCUGAACAUGCGCUUCAGAGUGGAUCUGAAUGAAGUGAACGCCAUAUUAAUGGAUCCCUGGGAGUACUUUGUUAUCCUGACCGACCUGAAUAUGCAGAAGAAGGGCGAUCCCAGCUCUACUUCAUUUUCGAUCAAUCGAAAAAUCGAACCGAAUAUUAUAUCCAAGCAUCUGGAGGCGGGACUACCCAUCUGGAUCAUUAUUGUGUCCGUAAUCGGUGGCCUGCUGCUGCUCUCUGCGAUAAGUUAUUUGCUUUACAAGAUGGGCUUCUUCAAUCGAGCCAAGAAGGACGAGCUGGACAGGCUGGUGCAACAGAAUCCCGCCGAGCCGGAGGCGGAGAACCUCAACAGCGGCGGAAACAACUAAAUUUUGCCCCGCGAUUUCCUAGCCGCACACAUCACAUUCAACAUGGAUGGAUCCAGUUACCAAAUCCUAUUUCCACAAAGCGAAGACUAUCCACUAAAUGUGUUCUCAUUUAAGAAAGGAACGAAAGCAGCAGGAGAUCAUUUCGAACUGCAGGACAUUCAAUGUUCCUCUUGGUUUGAACUAUAGUGGCAGCAGAAAAGUGCUUUUAGUUUUUAGAUUACCUCUAAUUUAUAUGAGAGUUCCAUGUGUGCUGUACCAGCCACAUUGCCAUUUGUUGUAUAUAUUUAUUAAACAUUUUUAUACCCGUUACUAGGAUGUUAUGCAAUAUGUUACUAGAAUAUUAUGCAGCAGAUAAUAGCAGGCGCUUCCGCUGUUCUUGAUCAGGAUUACUUCCAGAGUCCAGUCUGUUGGUCCGCAGGAGCAGCGAAUUCACGCCCACACUUUUUAAUAUGUAGAAUUUUAAAAUGACAUCAUAGGUAUGACGAAGCUAGAUAAGGUAUCGCUUAACCUGUCGCCAUUUAUAAAUAAAUGCACACUUAUUUAAAGCAUUUUUAGAUGAGUAACGGGUAUCUGAAAGUCGAGACACUCGAUUUUAACAGUCCCCUUGUUAAUAAAUGAUAAUUGUAAUAAAUUUGUAAAGGUAGUUUUACAGGGCGACGUGAAAGACUUUAUUAAUGUAUAAAUUGUAAAGUAUUCCUGUAUUAUAUUAGAGUAUUAAAACGAGGAAGAAUAAAUAAAUAAAUAAAUAAAAAACUUUCUGAGAUUA